GGGGGGGGGGGCACUAGAGAGAGAGAGAGAGAGAGACGAGGCUUCGUCGGGCUCGCUUCAGCACCUGGACAGCUCCCUCUCGCAGGGUUCCCCGCUGCGCUCACCGGGGGAAACCCUCGGCUGAUAAGUGCGGAACCCGGAUCCGAAACCCCUCCCCCCCCCCCCCCCUCCCUCUUACCCCUACCCUCCAAGCCAGGAGAGAGGAGAGCACAACUUGAAGGGGGUCGCGAUUUGGCGCAACCUGAACGACACUUAUAGAUGCUAAUAAUGAUCCUGACGAUUUACGAUGCUUCUUGCGCUUGAGCCGCAGAGCCUCUUCGGCUUUGCGCUGAAAUCCGAGCGGCGCAAGCGGGAGCAGCGCGAGCAGCGGCGGUGCUCUUCCGAUGCAAAAAAAAAGUGCUAAGGAUAGCUGCAGCCUACACACACUGCGAGCCUGCUGCUGCUGCUGCUUCACUUACUCUGAUCAUCGCCGAGGGAGACAUUACUAUCAGCGAGGGGGCAGCGGGAGGCACGAUUUCCCCUCAACAAUGUGAAUCUCACACAGGUUUGACAUGAAAUCGGCCUUUGUCAGGUGAACAGGUUUACUGCAUUACUAAAACCACCAGAGUGGAAACCUUGUGACAUCCAUCUCCACAUCUCCCCUCUCCAUCAGCCAGCAUCAUGGCCAAUGCAAAUGACGUGGCCGGUCUGUCGGACUUAGAGAUCAUCUCCCAGCCAGUGGAAGACGAGAACCAGUACUUGGCUCCUCCGGUCCAGCUGGUGAGUUUUGGCUACAGAGAUCUGCCCCUCGCAGCUCUUGACCUCUCGCUGGCCGGCUCGCAGCUCCUCUCCAACGCAGAUGAAGAUGAAAACAGGGAGGGGUCCAACUGGCUGAAGCCGUGUUGCGGUCGGCGGGUGGCCCUGUGGCAGGUCUGUCUGCUCAGCGCGGGCUUCAACUGCAUCCUGGUGGCCUGUGUCAUCCUGGUGGUGCUGUUUCUGUCUUUGGAGCUGCUGAUAGACACCAAACUCCUGCAAUUUUCCAAUGCUUUCCAAUUUGCCAGCAUAAUCCACUGGAUCAGCCUUAUCAUCUUGUCACUCUUCUUUUCAGAGACUGUCUUCAGAAUUGUCGUGCUCGGGAUCUGGGACUACAUAGAGAACAAAGUCGAGGUGUUUGACGGAGCUGUCAUUGUGCUGUCCCUGGCCCCCAUGGUGGCCUCCACGGUGGCCAACGGGCCCAGCAGCCCCUGGGAUGCCAUCAGCCUCAUCAUCACGCUGCGCAUCUGGAGAGUCAAGAGGAUCAUUGACGCUUAUGUGCUCCAAGUCAAAGUUGAGAUGGAAUUGGAGAUCCAGCAAUGUGAGAAAACCAAGGCUGUGAGAGAGGAGCAGCUGGAGCGUCUCACUCAGAUCUGCCAGGAACAGGCGUUUGAGAUCAGACAGCUGAGGGCACAUCUGGCGCAGCAGGACCUGGACCUGGCGGCAGAACGCGAAGCAGCCAUGCAGAUUCAUCAUGUUUGGGGCAAACAGGGCCGGGGUUUUCAGGUCGUGGAAGGCUUGACCCCCGGAGAAUCUGACGAUGAGGGCGGCCAGAGAAACCCCAGGGAGCCUCAUGCCACUGCAGAUCCAGUUGUGCGUGAUGACAUGAACAACUACAUCAGCCAAUACUACAGUGGAGCGAGCAGUGAUGCUGGAGCUUCUGGCUUGGGUGCCCGGGUUAUCACCAUGGCAUCCAUCGAUGUUCACCUCCCCAUCAAUCUAAACGCCAAUCCGCCAAACCCGAUGCUGGCGAUGGAGCGGGUGGGCAGCGUGGUGAGUGACGCCUCAACCAGCAUGUCGCGGUCCAGUGGCAGCCUCACAGCUCGCCCACUCAGCCUGAGCAGCCACACCCCGGGUUCAUCCAUGACAGACUGCAGCAGCAGCACAGCUCAGGACCUGAGUCUGAGCUACAGCACCCACCGCUGCUGUCCUCCGUCCUACUCGGGCCGGGACGCCUGCAGAGACCCCAGCAUGGUGGUUCAGGAGCUACUCUUCUCCAUCUCUGAGGACUCCUGCCUUGCUCGAAAGGGCCUGGCGGUGGACCCCGUGAACCUCAAGCUUCCCAGUCCCACUGGCUCAGAAAAGGCCAGCCCCGAGCUGGACAAUAGAAUAAACCUCUUCAACUGCAGAAACCAAGAGGAGAGACGAGGCAGGGCGAGGGGUUGUGUGCUGUUGCAGACCAAGCCACUGAUCCACCUGCAGGGCAGCACCACCACUGAGCCGUCCCUGGACGAGAAGUACCGGCUCCUGGGACCAGCUGACACACCUCUGGGCCACUUACCUGAUACAUAGGCUGCAUAGACACAGAAACAGAAGUUCUGUCCUUUAUUUUACUGUCACCUUGUGGUGGCAUAUUACCUGAACUUUGUGGCAGGUUCAAGCUUAUGAGAAGCACAUAAGAUUUUAAAAAAAUAAUUUUUCUUUUGCUGUGUAAUUUUCCCAUACAGAGCAAGCUUGAGCAUCAGCUUUGAGCCAAAACGGAUUCUCCUUAACUUCAUGUGUUCAAAAGUCAAUAGUAGAAAUGAUAAUAGGAACUCAUAGGCCCUUGGCCAUAAUGUCCAAUCGCCCAUGUUCCUCAUUGAUGUUUUCUUUUUUUUACAUCAGAAAUUCCCUGAUUUAGCACAACAAGACAUCCCAGGAGGGGCCCCUGAUGUGUUCUUGGACGAACUGUUCAGGAAUUCUCACUUUGAAAAGGUCCUAAAUGCACUGAACUGUAAAUGAAUUAAAACCAGCAAGAGGCCACUCAAGCCAAUACUGGUCAAAAACUUUAACUCUGAACCGUGUUCUCUGUUCUUUGAAAUUUAAUAGUUAAAAUGACUUUUUUCUACUGCAUUUGUGUUGUUAUUUUGGUUCUUUCAAUUUGUAUGGAUCAAAUUUCGGAUCAGGCAUGCUGUUCUUUGUCAAACAGCUACAGGGUACAUAUGACUGGCUUAACUAUACAAACAGCCAAUAUUGAUUUAACCUAUGCCUUUGUAUCACCCAUUUGUUUGAUUUGAAACAAUGGACCACCAUCAGUAGUUAUGGAAUAGCAUUUCUAUUUACUUAAAAAAAACAUUAGUAGGGUAUAUUUGUGUGGUUGAAAUGAAAAGGUAAGUAACUGGAUUCUUUACAAUGAAACUAGAUUGGAGAGCUUGUAGCAUGAAAGACAUGUGCCCCAAAUGGCAAGAAAAUUCUUUGCACUUUUGUAAACUUGAUAUGUUAUAAGUUAUUGCCAAACGCAGGUGAUGUCAUUUGAAUGAAAAUAGCAAAAAUAAAAAUGAGUAUUUCCUUAA